ACAUACACAAAAUAUUUAUGAUCAACUGCCCCCAAUUAUUAUUUGACCCGAAAAACAAAGACUUUCACGAACACUACUUAAAGACUCAUUAGUUUUUGCACAACACACUGCAAUUCUUUUCCGCUACUUCAAAUUCCUACUCUUUGAUUUUCCAUCGACUUCCAUUCUUCUUACAAUUCCUUCCUGAAAUUUAUUUAUUUCAUCAUGUCUUUCAUUGGAGAGGCCGCUCUAUCUGCGUUCUUUGAGGUGUUGUUUGCCAAGUUUGCCUCUUCCGAGUUCCAGUUUGUCACUGAGGAGUGGGUUCGAAAGGAGAUUAUGAACUGGGAAACUAUGCUGAGGAACAUCCAUGCGGCGCUUGCUGAUGCAGAGGGGAAGCAACUGCAGAGCCAGGCUGUGAAGAUUUGGUUGGCUGACCUCCAAGACUUGGCUUACGACGUGGAUGAUAUCUUGGACGAGUUUGCGACUCAAGCUUUGGGGCGUAAGUUGAUGAAACAACAUCAAGCCACUACAAGUAAGCCUAAAAAAUUUAACCCUGCUUGCUUCAUUGGUUCACAUCUAAGUUCAAUCAAGUUUAAUCAAAAGAUGAUGUCCAAGAUUAAAGAGAUUACCGGAAGAUUGGAAGGUUUAGCCACUAGAAAGAGUAACUUGGAGCUAAGGGAGAUCACUUAUCAUGUUGGAAGGCCCGUGACAAUCCCAAGAAGGCCGCCCAGUACUUCUUUGGUGAACGAAGCUAAUGUACUCGGCAGAGACAAAGACAAGAGGGCAAUACUUGAUUUGCUGUUGAGGAACGAUGGCAGUGAUGCUGGAGUUUAUUCUGUGAUUCCCAUCGUUGGCAUGGGAGGGAUUGGAAAAACAACCCUUGCUCAACUUGUUUACAAUGAUGACAGCAUAAAAGAUCAUUUUGAUCUUAGGGCAUGGGUUUGUGUUUCUGAUGAAUUUGAUAUCAUCAGGAUAACAAAGACAAUUCUCCUCUCAGUCACCUCCGAGACAUGUGAUAUGAAUGAUUUGAAUUUGCUUCAAGUCAAAUUAAAGGAGAAGCUAUGGAGAAAGAAAUUCUUGCUUGUUUUGGAUGAUGUUUGGAACGACAACUACAACGAUUGGUUGGCGCUUCGAUCUCCUUUUGAUGCAGGGGAACCAGGAAGCAAAAUAAUUGUCACAACACGUAGUUCCAAAGUUUCAUCAAUUAUGACAACUGCUGCAGACUACUCUUUACAAUGCUUAUCAGAAGAAGAUUCUCUCAGAAUGCUUGCUCAUAACGCAUUAGAAAGAGAGGAUUUUACGAGGCAUCCAGACUUGAAAAAGAUCGGCUUGGAGAUCUUGAAGAAGUGCGAUGGUUUGCCUUUGGCAACAAAAACCAUUGGAGGACUAUUGCGCACAAGGGUGAAUCGUGAUGCAUGGAAAGAUAUAUUAGAAAGUGAUACAUGGAAUCUACCUCAACAGGGAAGUGACAUAAUUCCAGCUCUAUGGUUGAGUUACUAUUAUCUUCCUUCACAAUUAAAGCAAUGUUUUGCUUAUUGCUCUCUGGUCCCUAAAGGUUAUGAAUUUGGUGAGGAAGAAAUAGUUCGAUUAUGGAUGGCAGAAGGUUUUCUCAAUGGACCAAACACUAAAAGGCAAAUUGAAGAUUUGGGCAGAAAGUAUUUUGAAGAACUGGUAUCAAGAUCAUUCUUUCAAGCAUCAAGUAAGGAUGAAUCUCGGUUUGUAAUGCAUGACCUGAUUAAUGAUCUAGCCCAAUUCGUUGGAGGAGAAAAAUAUUUUAAGAUGGAGAGAAAUGAGGAAAUGAAGCGCCCAAGUCACACUCGCCAUUCCUCUUAUAUGAUAGGCGACUAUGACAAUAUCAAAAAGUUUGAGACCUUUUUUGAAGCAAAGUCUCUACGGACCUUCAUUCCCUUUGAUAUUCUGAUGCGGGAUCCAUACUACAUAAGCAUUAACAUUCUCAAUGAUUUACUUCCGAGAUUGAAACGGUUGAGGGUGCUCUCUUUGAAAAGCUACUACAUCACUGAAAUACCAGAUUUCAUUGGAAAUUUGAGACAUUUACGCUAUCUAGAUUUCUCUGAUACAUGCAUAAAAGGUCUCCCUGAUUCAAUAUGCACCCUUUAUAAUUUAGAGAGUCUUUUAUUAAGGUGUUGUGAGAAAAUUGAGAAUUUGCCUUCAGAAAUAGGAAUUUUAGCCAACCUAUGUCAUCUAGAUAUUGUUGGUGCAUGGAGAAUAAAGGAAAUGCCAAGUGGAAUUGGUAAAUUAACAAAUCUUCGGGCAUUGUCUAAUUUUAUUAUGGGCCAAGGCGAUGCAUUGAAUAUAAGAGAAAUGCAGAAUUUAUCAAAUCUCAAAGGUCGGCUUUCUAUUUCAGAGUUGCAGAAUGUGAAUGAAGCUCAAUAUGCAGGGGAAGCUAAGCUAUCAAGUAAGACUGAGCUCGAUGAUUUAGAGCUGAAGUGGUGUGAAGACUUCAAUGAAAAUUUAAGGAAGAAAGAAGUGGAGACAGAGGUGUUGAACUUGCUUCGACCUCAUGAAGUGCUUAAAGCGCUUGCCAUCAGUUGGAAAACUACCACUUUUAAAGGAUCUUUAUAUCAAGGGAAUGAGUAGCGUAACUACUGUUGGCAAUGAGUUCUAUGGAGAGAAUUGGCCAAAUGCGUUUCCAUCAUUAGAGACAUUGCAUUUUGAGGAUAUGCCAGAAUGGAAAGA